CACCACCCCCCAAGCAACAACCGCCUUGCCCACCACCACUACUCUGUCUACCCAGACACCUACCACCAUAAUAAUAACAACAGAGCCCACAACUGCACCAACCACUACGUUGACAACCACAGUACUUAUGACAACUGCUCCCACCACUAUGUUCAAAACCACAGUGCCAACCACAGUAGCUUUGACAACUGCGCCCACCACAAUGCUGAUAACCUCAGUAGCUAUCGGCUGACGCGCCUGGAGGACGGCGCGUUCAGCAACCUGACGCGCCUGCGGCUCCUGGUUCUGAGCCGUAACCGGAUCGGCUCGGUCCCCGCCGGGGCCUUCGGCGGCCUGGCCGAGCUGGGAGAGGUGUCCCUGCACACCAACCUGCUCUCGGGCCUGGAGGAGGGGACCUUCAGCGGGCUGCCCAAGCUGGAGAACAUCUCCCUGGAGCACAAUCUCAUCCAGUCCCUCCCUGGGAAGCUCUUCCAGGGCUUGCCGCCCCUCUGGGAAGUGGACCUCCACAACAACUCCCUGCGGAGCCUGUCGCGGGAGGUGCUGGACUCCCUGGACGCGGUGAAGGAGGUGAAGCUCGCCCAGAACCCCUGGAGGUGCGACCGGGACAUCCUGCCCCUGCGAGACUGGGUGAGGAGGCACCCCUCCAAAGUGCAGAAUGCCAGCCUGCUGACGUGCCUCUCUCCCCAUUCACUGGCCCACGCCAAAAUUACUGACCUGACCAACGAGGAAGCAGAAGCCUGGAGGCCGUCCACCUCGACCGCCACCACUCCCUCAGGCGACUUGGCCACACCCACGGAGAUGCGAAGGAGGCCUCACACCCCACUCCCCAAAAAGAGCACCCCUGCUGCCCCUGCCGCCACCACUCCUCCCGUGCGGGACGACAGUAACCACCAGGCCAGAAAGAACACCGUCAAUUAGGGGUGGGGUGGGGUGGGGUGGAGGGGUGGUCUUUUCUAUAGGCCGCCCCUCAUGGGGCCCCUAUUUCAGGCCACCUCGGAACACUCUGAGAGCUGGACACGGGAGUGCAACACGGAACCGUUUUGGAACCAUUCAGCUUUCCAGGAAGCGGCCGUCCGCUAAGCUUUGGCGUUCCGGUCACAAAAUCUGUUCAUUCGUUCGGUCUGUUUAUUCCCGCGAGCGCGCUGCAAACUUGGAGUGGUCUGAGAACGUAAUGCUCCACUGCACUGGAAUGUCACGAACAUUGCAUUUUCCCCGUUGCCGUUUUGCUCGCUUGAAGUUGAAUGGGAUGCUUGCUAACCUUGUGCACAUUUUGUAGUCUUAUACUUGGAUCUGAGCUUCGCAUGAAAAUGGAACCUUCUUAGCACUGUAAACAGCAGCUAAGGCAGGAAACCAGAAACCCCUCUAUCUCAGUGAGCCUGUGAUACUUUUCAUUUUUUUCCCUGAUGUCUGAAUUCCAUUGCUUUUUAUAUGUAAAUAGCCUGACAUUGAUACCAAUACAAUAUAACAUGCUGCAUCAUUAUUGACAGACAUUAUUAUAGAAGAAAGGCAAAAAUUUCAGUAUUACCCUUUAAUGAUUUCUGAAGUAAUGCAACAUUCUUUUUUAAUGCCCGAAUUGAUUAUGAAUCACAAAUAACAACAAUCUGUAACAAUCUGAAUUGUAAAUAAUUAAAUUGUUUAUUUUCAGGAAUUUGGGUUAUAUAAUGACUUACUCAAACAAAAUGUCAAUAAACUUCAUUGAACAA